AUGUCCGUAUGCUUCUUUGUGCCUGCCGACCAAGCUGGUACAUCCGCGGUGUCGGAGGAAGUGGAGAAUGAAGGAACUGGUGAAGAAAGUUCAUCUCCAGAUAAUAUCCAGCAUAGUUUGCAGGUUUUUUGGAACAAGGUCACGGAAGAUAUAAAAAAAGUCACUGCGGAGGACUUCAAAACCCAAGCGUUGCCACUAGCGAGAAUAAAGAAAAUCAUGAAACUGGACGAAGAAGUAAAGAUGAUUUCGGCGGAAGCGCCCGUUCUAUUCGCAAAAGCGGCAGAAAUUUUUAUCCACGAACUCACAUUGCGAGCCUGGUCUCAUACAGAAGACAAUAAAAGAAGGACUUUACAGCGUAAUGACAUCGCAAUGGCAAUAUCCAAGUCGGAUCAGUUUGAUUUUCUCAUAGACAUCGUCCCUCGGCAUGAAGUGAAGGCUAGCAAGCCCAGGGAAGACCCACCGCGAGCCAAUCCCACUACUGACCAGUUGGCGCAACAGCACCAGGCCGCGCUGCAGGGCACCACACAGCCCCAGUUUGUACUGCAGCCCUGCGGACAAGUUGUCCAGCAGUCGUCGAAUGCAGCCGGGUCAUCUUCCGGCAGCGCGCAGCCUGUCACUCUGGUGCAGCAAGUCGUCACCUCGUCGGGAGAUUUGCAACAGGUUCCGAUCCAACUGUCGCAGGCGCAGCUGAAUAUGAUCAGGCCGCAGUUACAAAACAAUCCGGGACAACUGAUCGUGAUACAAGCGCAGCCGCAGCAGACGCCGCAGAUCAUUCAGGUAUCAUCACACGCUGCGCAGAACCAACCGCAGCAAGUGUACCUUGCUCAAGUCGCAACUAGCCAGGAGGACUCCUAG